AUGGAAUUCUCAUUUUUUCCACACUGGAUAUUGUUUUUUGGGUUUCUUUUUUUGAGCGUUGCCCCGGAGCCAGUCAGCGAAUUGACGAUAAAAACCGCGUGGCAAGCUGAGGAUGCAGGGAUAGAGACACGGAAUCACACACAAUGUAUGGCAUGGCAAAUUUACUGGAAGACACAGACAAGAAAUCACGAUCUCUCCACAUCAGACAUUGAAUUGUUAGCACAAAGGCGCCGAUCAAUUUCAAUUUAUACAUGGCGUGAUGCAUCGAAAUAUCAAAUUCCCGGGAAACUCCUUGAGCAAUACGCGGCAAUCCAUCUCAACUGGGACACGAUUUGUCGUUUUUACUCACGAAUUCACUGGUUCAACUCGACUCAAGAGGCUUUUAGAUACGAGAUAAAAGUCGAUCAAUUCUGCGAGACUCUUUCAAAUGCCAGCAAUAUGACAGUCGAGUCAACAGACGAAACGCUGAAUGGUACUUCAUUGCAAGAUGCUCUUACAAAAUUGAUGAUUAAAGAGACGAGAUUCGAUGCGGAAACCGAGCAAAAUACGACGUCUCAAAUUCUUCUGUUGAAUUCGACAAAUGAUAUAGAGCUUCUGCCAAAGAGUAUAAACUUAAAUGCUCGUUUGCUUGAUGUUCAUCAGAGUAUCGCUAUGAGUAUUGGUGGAUUGUGCGGCGAUGAGGCGCAAUUUGAGAUGCCUUUCGAUCAGGAUGAGGACUUCUUCAACAGCUUGGCUUUUGAUGUGAGCGGUUUGGGAUGGAACGCGUCACAAGUACGCGAGUUUAUGAGAGACGAGGACGGUGGCUUGGAUAAUAUUAUGGCUCAAUUCGAGAACAUCAGCGACGAGCGGCCAUUCCCAUCCACGCAAAUCAUCCCGUGGCUGAAGAAAGUGAAAUAUGAUCAGAGAACCCCUCCCUCAAUGUUACCUGGUCAUCUCGUGAAAGUGAAAAUCGGUCUUUUUGUGCAAUCGUUGUCGAAUUUUGAGUUGACGACAAUGGAUUACGAUAUGGAUGUAUGGUUGCGGAUGGCGUGGAGGGAUAUCCGAAUGGCGCACGGGUUAUCGAAACCGAUUCUCAUCAAUGAGUUCACCUCGUUACGAAGAAUUUGGCGUCCUGAUCCGUUUAUCACAAAUGCGAAAGACGCAAAAUUUCACCCAGUUACUUAUCUCAAUUUCUACAUGUUCAUCUUUCCAAAUGGAGAGAUAUUCAUGGAGAUUCGGACAAUGUUAAAAAACAGUUGCCAGCUAGUCUUUUGCAAGUAUCCACACGAUGAGCAACGAUGCGGUGUUAGGAUUAGCUCAAUCGGUUUUACGCACGAUAUCGUGCGUUUUGAGUGGUUCUCACGGAAAUGGGAUGCGAUUCGGAUGAAGACGGACUUGCAAUUGCCUGAACUCUUCUUGCUUGAUCACGUAGCACGGAAUUGUGAUGGUCGACGAAAAUCGGGCAACUAUUCUUGCAUUGAGGCAAGCUUUCAAAUGAAACGAGAUAUUGGCUAUCACUUAGCUCAAACCUAUGUGCCGACAUCAAUUUGCGUGGUGUUUAGUUGGGUGGGCGCUUGGUUGCCCGAGGAGUUUGUUGAGGGUCGAAUCCUCGUCUCGUUGACGGUAUUUUUAACGUUAAGUGCCGAGAACAACGCGGCGAAAGAGGCUCUACCGAAGGUUUCCUAUGUGAAAGCAAUUGAUUUGUGGUUUGGUUUCACGUCGACUUUCGUUUUCGCCACGAUGAUCCAAGCGUUGAUCAUCAUUUCUCUCGAAAAUGAAAGCAAAAAAGAUUCAAAUGAGGAAGCUUAUGGAAAGUACAUGUUGGCGAAGAUGCUCGUGAAAAGUCAUCGAUUUCACAAGAUUGCUCGGGAUUUUGACAGUUUUUGCAAGGUGAUGUACCCGGUGACAUUCAUCCUUUUCUUGAUGAUCUAUCGUUUCGUGAUCAUCGAGGGUGAAGAAGUGAAAUGUUUGCGAGAGGAUCAAGCU